AAUUUACCCGAGGUGAAUUAAAUACGUGAGAAAAUAAAAUGUCGACGCGAAAACUUUUCAUUCAUUAGUCAGGCGGAGUAGACAUUCUUUGUUUGUAAAGAAAAAUUUUUACGAUUUCACAAAGUUUUGAAGUUUGCACAAAAUUGCAAAAGCAUUUGAUGUAGAAUAUACCACGCAUAUCUUGUUAAAUUAACAAAUCCAAAGCUAAGACCAGUCACUUGGGUCGCAGUGCUGCAGCAACGAAAAACAAAAAAACACAAGAAAACAUAAUGGACAAUGACCAAGACCCUGGAUUUCGACUUAGGCCCAUGUCACCGCAGGAGAUAAAACCUGACAUCUCGCUGUUGAAUGAGAAUAAUGCAACAAACUUUUCACCUAAACCGGGAAGUCCUGGACCCUUUGGGGCCAUUGAUUUGCAGGCAAUGAAUGUGGCCAAUGCUGUUGCAGCAGCCGCUGCUGCCAACAACCAAAACCAAAUGUUGCAGACAACGCCGCCACAGCAACAAUUACAGCAACAGUAUCCUCCCAACCACCCUUUGAGUGGUUCGAAACACUUGUGCUCCAUAUGUGGUGAUCGGGCCAGUGGCAAACACUAUGGUGUCUACAGCUGCGAAGGCUGUAAAGGCUUUUUCAAGCGUACUGUGCGCAAGGAUUUGACGUAUGCCUGUCGUGAAGACCGAAAUUGUAUAAUUGAUAAACGCCAAAGGAAUCGCUGUCAGUAUUGUCGCUAUCAGAAAUGUUUGGUGUGCGGCAUGAAACGAGAAGCUGUCCAAGAGGAACGUCAAAGGGGCACAAGGGCUGCUAAUGCUAGGGCUAGCGGAGUUGGUGGCAUCACCGGCAGCGGAGUGGGAAAUGAAGAUUUUAAGCCAAGCAGCUCUUUGCGUGAUCUAACCAUAGAGCGCAUCAUGGAGGCUGAACAAAAAGCGGAAUCUCAGAGUGGUGAUAAUGUGCUACCCUUCCUGAGAGUCGGCAAUAAUUCCAUGGUACAAUCAGAUUACAAGGGUGCGGUGUCACAUCUUUGCCAAAUGGUAAACAAACAACUCUUCCAAAUGGUGGAGUAUGCUCGGCGUACGCCACACUUCACGCACUUGCAGCGAGAAGAUCAAAUCAUACUACUUAAGGCUGGUUGGAAUGAGCUGCUGAUAGCAAAUGUUGCCUGGUGCAGUAUUGAUUCACUGGAUGCAGAGUAUGCCACACCUGGAGGUGGUCAUGAUAGUUCAUUUGGUCGCCGUUCACCAGUUCGCCAGCCACAACAGCUCUUCCUCAAUCAAAACUUCUCAUAUCACCGCAAUAGUGCGAUUAAAGCCAAUGUGGUCUCAAUAUUCGAUCGCAUCUUGUCCGAGCUGAGCAUUAAAAUGAAACGUUUGAACAUUGACCGUUCGGAAUUGUCUUGCCUGAAAGCAAUCAUCCUCUUCAAUCCAGAUAUACGUGGACUAAAGUGUCGAAAAGACGUCGAGGGAUGUCGUGAGAAGAUAUAUGCCUGUCUGGAUGAACACUGCCGCACAGAGCAUCCUGGCGAUGAUGGUCGUUUUGCGCAGCUAUUACUUCGUUUGCCGGCACUGCGUUCCAUUAGUCUUAAGUGCUUAGAUCACUUAUUUUUCUUCCGUUUAAUUGGCGAAAGGCCUCUGGAGCAAUUGAUUGCCGAGCAAUUAGACGCCCAAGGAUGUUAGAAGAAGAAUAAUGCAAACGAGGUUCUAUCUUAGUGAAUAUGUUUAUUCGCAGAGGGCUGCCGCACGAAUGCUGGGUGGUGGGUUUAGUGUGUCAUGCAUAGCAAGAAGCUAAGCUCUUCAAUGUGAUCGAUCACAUCCUGCCCGCUCAAUGCUGCUCGCUGAGUUCGAAUAGUAGCAAUAGUUGUAUUUAGCUCUAAUAAAAUCUCCUGUUCUCCGUUCUUUUAGAUUGAGGAAGAAGAAGAAGAAGAAAAGAAGCAUAUAUAUGUAAAUAACACCCUGUGUCAGCACAUACUGUGGCCACUGACUUCCAAGUGUUUAUACCGUUGAGGAUUGAUUCUAAGACGACCUACAUUAAAAAUGGCUAACAUAGUAACACGGUUGGGCAAAGCUAGACCGCUACGCUUAAGACAACCCUCUCCAUUAGCAGAGUGAUUGAGUCUUUCUUAAGUUGCUGCACCAUUUCCUUAAACUACUCCUUAAAUUAAUCCACCGCCGAUAAUUGUCCGAAUUCUAGUAGCCCAGAGUUAAUGACUCUUGGAGCGAACUCUAGGAUUCACAUUCUCCGUUUCCUGGGGACAAGUCUUUUAUUUAAAUAUAUAUAUUUUUUUUGUAUUGUUAUGUUCGUUUUUUAGUUCACAAUUGCCUUAAUAUUAGUUGCAUUUGUUUAGAUGUAGACAUCCUUUUUUACGCCUUUUUCCAUUUUAUAUUGAUUCGAUUUAAAAUGUUUUUAUAAAGCUGUAGGUCUAUGUGUGGUGUGACUGUAAUUAAAUAAGAGUACGAAAAUAGUGUUCGAUUAUUAACUACCUAUUGUAUAUUAUUAUUACUAUUGACGGUUAUAAGCUAUAUAUACAUAUAUAAAAAAAAUAUAAAUAAUGAAAAAAAAAAAAAACACAUUACAUAGACACAAGCCAACAAACACACACACACACACACACAUAUAUAUAUAUAUAUAUAUAUAUGAACAACAACAAUGAUAUAUUAUGAAAUAUAGAUAUUUUAUUCUG